AUGAUCACCCGGGUAAAGUCGGCCGUUGCCGGGUUCAUGGGUGGGAUCGUGACCGGGGGAAGCUCCGGUGGGGGCGGGAAUCAGUCUUCGGAAUUGCCGCUCAAGUUCCCAUACAUGAGACCGGAGUUCCUGGGACUCUCCGCGGAUGAGAUCGAGUGCUCUGCGGACCACGUAGCGCGGCCCAUCCUGAUCCUGAAGGAAACCAGGAGAUUACCGUGGGCCACCGGCUACGCUGAGGUGAUCAAUGCUGGGAAGAGUGCGCUGAAUGAAGACCAGGCCUGCUGCGAGUUGGUUGUGGCUAGAAUGAGACCGAUGAGCUACUGUCCGCCGUCUACGCCCAGCAAGACGCCGACGGCCAAAAGACGCAACUCGCUGCCAAACGGCGAGGCCCUCGGGCUCCGGGUGGAGAACAUGUUGGGAGAGGAGAAUGAGGGACUUGUUUUCCAUUACUGGGCCUUGUUCGACGGUCACGCUGGCUCAGGCGCAGCGGUUGUUGCCUCCCGCCUGCUUCAGCACCACAUCGCCUGCCAGCUACAGGCCGUCAUAGAGAUCCUACGUAACUUCCAUUCGCUGCCCCCCACUGUGCUGGGAGAAGAGCCUGACAGCAGCCCACACCUGCAAGGAAACCCCCCUGGACCCCACCGUUCCCUGACACGGGCUGCCUCGCUGCGGGGGGCCGCCGGCGCCCCCACCUCACCAUGCAACACCCCGCCUCCGCCACGCUUCUACAUGGAGAAGAAGAUUCAACACGAGAGCCUGGUGAUUGGAGCCAUAGAGAACGCCUUCAAGGAGAUGGACGCUCAGAUAGAGAAGGAAAAACAAUCGUACAACAUCAGCGGCGGAUGCACGGCUCUCACCGUGGUUUACCUGCUUGGAAAGCUGUAUGUUGGGAAUGCAGGUGACAGCAGGGCCAUCAUCAUUAGAAACAACGAGAUCAUUUCUAUGUCGACGGAGUUCACACCAGAAUCGGAACGACAGCGACUCCAGUUCCUGGGUUACAUGCAGCCGCAGCUUUUGGGAAACGAGUUCACGCACCUGGAAUUCCCCCGCAGAGUUCAGAGGAAGGAGGUGGGCAAGAAGAUGCUCUACAGGGACUUUACCAUGAACGGAUGGGCAUACAAGACUGUUGACGACGAAGAUCUCAAGUUUCCUCUCAUCUACGGGGAAGGAAAAAAGGCUCGGGUUCUGGCAACAAUCGGUGUGACCCGGGGGCUCGGUGACCACGACCUCAAAGUUCAUGACUCCAACAUUUACAUCAAGCCGUUCCUGUCCUGUAUUCCUGAGGUGAAGGUGUAUAAUCUGAUGCAGUAUGAGCAUGGGACAGACGACGUCCUGGUGAUGGGAACCGAUGGCCUCUGGGAUGUCCUGACCAAUGAGGAGGUCGCCGAAGCUGUCAGCACCUUCCUGUCCAACUGUGACCCUGAUGACUUGCACAGGUAUACAAUGGCCGCUCAGGACCUGGUGAUGCGAGCGCGAGGCGUGCUGAGAGACAGAGGAUGGAGGAUCACCAACGAGCGUCUGGGCUCCGGUGACGACAUCUCAGUCUUCAUCAUUCCCUUAAUGUACGGCAACAGGCAGCCAUGACAACCUUUCUACGUCCGAAACACAGAAAACUCCUUUUCAUUUCCCUUUUUUUUUUUUAUUUAUCCCUUUUUUAAAACAAAUGUGAAGGAAAAAGAAACAGACUCUGCUGGUACUUCAUUUCUCUAAUCGGGUUCAAGAUGGUGAGCAGUGCUAUAAAUCAUCAGUUGGGAUCAUUUACACUAUGAAAAAAGAAGAAAAGGCCUGUUAAAGGUUUAUAAAGCAACAAUCCUCUCAGCUACACAGACUUCUGAAAUAAGGAGAAACAUUUUUCCUUCCUGUCAUCCUUUUCUCUCUAUUCCUUUUUUUUCCAUCCUGUGUGGUUGGCGUGAACUCGGACGCGGCUGACAGGUCAGCUGCUUUCCUUCCUCAGCUUCGCCACAGUGUGGCUUUGAAGGCUCAGCUGCAAAACUGGAAGGACGACGUGGCGACGUAUGCUUUGGUUACAGUACAAAUCUGGCUUCAUUCCUGAUUUAAUAUUAAGGUUGUCCUUUUCACAAUGUUGCACACUAACUGACACAAGUUCACUUUUCUUUUUUUACAAUGCACUUUUUUAAUUAGUUUGCAGGAGCUCAAACUACAGCACCUUGCAUAAGUAUUCCAAGCGUUUUAGGUUUUUCCUAUUUCUUUUGCAGCAAAGACACACCUCUCAGCAUUAUGGGAUUGUUCUUCCUUAGACUCCCUCGAAGUAGUGCACACUUAAAGGUAGAAUGGAGGUUUUUUUGCAAAUUUUUUAAAAGACCCAUCCUCCGAACUUUGAAAAGAAAUGCACAUGCACAACCCUGUACCCGCUCCCGAGAGGGAACUUCUAUUAAAGGAGUGUGAGAGCAUG